AUGAGGAAUGCAUGGCUAGAGAUGGAUGGAGGGAGUUCACAGGAAGGGAGGGAAGUCACAGAAAGGGAGAGAGGGCAACGGAUGGAGGCUGGUGGUUUGCUCUUUAAGUCACCUAAUGUUACUCCUUGUAAGAAUUUUUGCUGCUCUCUAUGUAAGAAUUUAACUCACUGGUUUCUUAAACUCACUGGUUCUUGUUUCUAUGAAAUGUGGUUGUCCCUUUACAUUUUAGGUAUGGAGAAUAGGGAAAAUAAAACAUUGACAAGUUUUUGCUAUUGGGGCGGAGAACGGAAGGUAAAUGCCAAUGGCACCUUCUUGUACAACGGUGGGAUGUGUGUAGCAGUUCUACUUGAGGAAGGAAGUCAACUGAAUGAGUUACGUGAGAAGGUUUGUGUUGCCCUUCACAUUAAUUUCGAAGGUAAAAUGUUUUUCUACAACACAAAGAGGGACAAGACGAAGUAUGUAACAUUGAAUGACGACAAUGGUGUUGCAAUGUUGUUCCACUUGAACGAAGAUGAUGUCGACUUAUUUGUAGAAGAUUUAGGCCAGAAUAAUGACCCUAUCCACAAUACCGCUUACAAUUCAACAAGGGAAUCGAUGGUCACUGACAAUAGUAGCUCGCCUGGAGGAAUACUGGCAAUACCUUCUCCCAGUCAGGUGACCAAUAGUUGUAGCCAAGAGAUGGGGUUGGUGCCAUACUUGCCGGACAAUGCAAAUGAGAUUUUAACUGGGAAGGGUCAACUAUUUGAAAGCCCCGACCUUUUCAAGCAAUCAGUGUUACUAUUUGCUGCAUCCAACAAGUUCAGCUUCACUUAUUUGGAUAAUAGUAGAGCCUACUAUCGAUUGGUAUGUAAAGUACCAGGGUGUCCUUGGAAGCUAACUGCAAAAUGUGAAGGUUCAAGUGAUUUGGUUCGUGUCAUCAUGUUAAGGAAUGAGCACCUACACAAUGCAGAAGAUGCUAGUAAUUAUAAGUUGACCUUUCGCAGUAAACAAGUGGGGUUGCUUUUCAAAAACCGAAUUGUGGACAAGCCUGAGUAUUUGCCGAGGGAUAUUUGCAAGGACUUUGAGCAUGUGUUCCAAUGUCGUCUGAAUUACAGUCAAGGUUGGAGGGCAAAAGAAAAGGCUAAGGAAGCCAUCACAGGACCUCCUUCGAUGACUUUCCACCUAGUCCCAUGGAUGUGUUGGCGGCUUGUUGAAGCCAUACCAAACACUAGGGCAAUAUGGACGUCAACAAAUGAAGCCAAGUUCAAGCAACUUUUUGUUUCUUAUGGUUGCUCCAUUGCAGCAUUCCGAUCAGGUUAUCUAAGGCCAGUUUUGAAAUUGGAUGCAUGUUUCUUGACCGGAUACUAUCGGGGCCACGUUCUAUCGGCUAGUGCACAUGAUGCGGACGAUGGGUUGUACCCCUAG